AUAAUCAGUUUAAUGAGUUGUAAUGAAUCUACUAUUAUGUAUUCUGAUACUGAUCAUCAUACUUCCUCUUUCAAUAGGUGAAUAUUACUACAGUAACGGAGUACCUACAUUUACUUGGCUUCAAGCCAAACAAGACUGCGAGGCACGAGGUAUGCAACUUGCAAAGUUAGAUUCACAAUCAGACCUUGAUGAUGCUGUCGCCUACAUGAACAGUGAAACGGGCAAUAAUAUUGCCAAUGACAUCUGGGUAGGCAUGAGGUACGAUAUGACUUCCACCCCGUAUGUUUAUCGCUGGAUAAGCUGUGAUAUACCUACAUUUACGACAUGGUAUCCAGGCGAACCAAAUAAUCAACAAACAGACCAAUGUAUAAGACUGCAGAGGACAGGCUACACACUACGCACAAUUGGAUGUAAUUGGCAGUAUGACUAUCUGUGUUCAGAUGCAUCAAAGCCAUAUGUGUAUAGAAAUUUUUCCGAAUUGGCAUCGCCGUACCACGCUUCAGUUACACUUGAAUGCCCAUAUUGCUCAACCUUACCAAUUUUAAAUGUCAAUUGGGAAUUUAACAAUGGUACAUUUGUCAAAGUCAUUGAUAGCUCAACUAAUGCCAAUAAAUAUACAGGAUCGACAACAUCUUCAACCUCUUUAGAAAUAGCCAAUGUAGGUGAAUCAGAUAUGGGUUCUUACUCAUGCCAUGUUACCAACUUAAAAGGAGUAGGAAUGGGGUCCUCGAUCAGUUUUACCAUUUCUGAUUUUCCAAUUGUUAGUGCACCACAGCUCUUGUAUAUUACUAAGUAUAGUGACUUGCUUGUUUUGAAUUGUUCGUUUCGUGGACUACCAGAGGUGACGUCAAUCCAGUGGAAAAUGAAAAAUAGCAAAGGAAUCUUUCCAUACAACGACGCAUCAUCGACACAUUACAGUGCUGCUACUAUGACGACACCAAAUCUGUCUAUUCACAGCGUUAACUUUCAGGAUGUAGGCAAUUUUACAUGUGAAGCAACAAAUCACGUGGGUACAACAGUGGGAGAUAUGAUAACAGUUGAUGUCGUAGGCGUUCAAGCAGAAAUUUCAAGUCCUACUUAUACCGUCGUUUAUGGCGAACAGGUGACUUUAGAAUGUACUAUAUGGUCAAAGCCUGAUUUGAAAAAUGUUUCAUGGGAAAGAGAAAUAAAUGGGACAGUUGUCUGUGUUGACUUGGGAAACACUUCAAAAUACCUUGGAUCAAACAAAACCUGGCAUUCACUAUUGUUAUUAAAUGCGGGUUUUUCCGACGCUGGCAAAUAUUAUUGUCAAGGAGAAACCACAGAACUGUCUGGUAGGAGUUCAGAAACUGUUUUAGACGUUAUAGGAGGAUUACCAAAUAUAAUGAUAAAUCAAACUGAAGUUCGGGUGAAUGCAUCCGAACAUAUUACGCUUUUCUGUGAAGCCAGUGGUUUACCAAGUGUAAUUUCUGUUGAAUGGAAGAAAAAUCAAAAUGGCGUUUUCCUCAGUUUUACUGGUAAUCUACAAGGCGGGGAUAUAAAUUCGCCAUCAUUGACAUUUUCAUCGACAACAUUAGGUGAUAUUGGUGAAUAUAUUUGUACUGCAACAAAUUUAUUAGGAAACACGUCAAGUUCGCCUGUUUUGUUAGAUGUUAUUAAAAAUGAGCCAAUGUGCCCGUGUUCCUGUGAGUUUAAAGGAAAAUUAGACUAUUGGGCAUCUCAAAAUGCAACAAAUUAUACUAUGGCUGAACUACGUGUCAUACUAUCUCCUGUUUUAGAUGAAAUAAAACGUAAUCUUACAGUUGAUAAAUCAACAUUGACAAAAACAAAACUGAAGUAUAUUUGUGCGGAAGAUAACCGGUCUUCUGUGUAUCAAAUUGGUGCCUUGGGAAUAGCUGUUAUGACAGUUGUUUUUGGUGGACUAGUUUUGAUUGACAUAGUAUCAAUCAAACGUCAUGUAGAGACUAUUCAAUCAGCUUCCAAACCUUUUAAAUUUUGACUAUCAAAAGAUAGCAGCAGUAAGAUUUGCUCAAAAUCUGUAUUGAUAUAUACUCUUACUUAAGAUUUGUCAUAUUAUGGGUUACCUUUUAUACUUCUAGAAUAUGGAAAAUAAAAAUACUAUCCGAACUGUUUAAAGUUAUAUUAUCCCCA